GGCAGCCCCCGGGCGCGGGCGCCGAGCGGGAGCGGGCCCUGACCCGGAGCGGGGCUCGGCUUCGCAGCGCCUGCCGCCGAGCAGCCGUCCCCUCGCGGGCUCGCCGCCCUCCGUGCUCGCUUGGAUGAGGCUGCGACAUGCCUGAUAAGAGACGAGAUGGGCCAGGGCGACGAGAGCGACCGCAUUGUGAUCAACGUGGGAGGGACUAGGCACCAGACUUACCGCAGCACCCUGCGCACCCUGCCCGGCACGCGGCUGGCCUGGAUCGCCGAGCCCGAUGCCCACAGCCACUUCGACUAUGACCCCCGCACGGAUGAGUUUUUCUUUGACCGGCACCCGGGCGUCUUCGCCCACAUCCUGAAUUACUACCGCACCGGCAAGCUGCACUGCCCCGCCGACGUGUGCGGGCCCCUGUACGAGGAGGAGCUGGCCUUCUGGGGCAUCGAUGAGACCGACGUGGAGCCCUGCUGCUGGAUGACCUACCGGCAGCACCGUGACGCCGAAGAGGCUCUGGACAGCUUUGGUGGGGCGCCCCUGGAUAGCAGCGCCGAGGACGGAGACAUAGAUGGCACCGGAGACUCUGGCGAUGGCGAAGAGGAGCUGGAGAUGACAAAACGCCUCGCGCUCAGUGACUCCCCGGAUGGCAGGUCUGGGGGCUUCUGGAGACGGUGGCAGCCCCGCAUCUGGGCGCUCUUUGAGGACCCCUACUCCUCCAGAUAUGCAAGGUAUGUGGCAUUUGCCUCCCUCUUCUUCAUUCUGGUCUCCAUCACCACCUUCUGCCUCGAGACCCACGAGAGAUUUAACCCCAUUGUGAACAAGACAGAAACUGAAUUCAUCGGGAAUGACACCCAGGUGCGGCACUACAGGGAAGCAGAGACUGAAGCCUUCCUCACCUACAUUGAAGGUGUCUGUGUGGUCUGGUUUACAUUUGAGUUCCUGAUGAGAGUCACUUUCUGCCCAAACAAGGUGGAAUUUAUCAAAAACUCUUUGAACAUCAUUGACUUUGUGGCCAUACUGCCUUUCUAUCUAGAGGUUGGACUCAGUGGCCUGUCUUCCAAAGCUGCUAAGGAUGUCCUGGGCUUCCUCCGUGUAGUCCGUUUUGUGCGAAUCCUGCGAAUUUUCAAGCUGACCCGCCACUUCGUUGGGUUGCGGGUCUUGGGACACACCCUCCGUGCCAGCACAAACGAAUUCUUGCUGCUCAUCAUAUUUUUGGCAUUGGGCGUCUUAAUCUUUGCCACGAUGAUCUAUUAUGCCGAGAGAAUAGGUGCUAAACCAAAUGACCCUAGUGCCAGUGAACACACACACUUUAAAAACAUCCCCAUCGGCUUCUGGUGGGCUGUUGUCACCAUGACGACCCUGGGCUACGGAGACAUGUAUCCUCAGACUUGGUCAGGCAUGCUGGUGGGGGCCCUCUGCGCUCUUGCCGGCGUGCUGACCAUUGCCAUGCCUGUCCCUGUCAUUGUGAACAAUUUCGGAAUGUAUUACUCCUUAGCUAUGGCUAAGCAGAAGCUACCAAAGAAAAAAAAGAAGCAUAUCCCGAGGCCACCCCAGCUGGGAUCCCCCAAUUAUUGUAAAUCUGUCGUAAACUCUCCACACCACAGUACUCAGAGCGACACUUGCCCACUGGCCCAAGAAGAAAUUUUAGAAAUUAACAGAGCAGGAAUGCAUCUCCACCUCAACACCGAACAAAAUGUGGGCUCACGACUUUGUGCAAGGCUGAACGUGUCUGGUCCACUGACAAUACAUGAGGAUUUUAUCAUACAUGAAACUGCUGCAGUGCAGAGAAGAAUAAGCAUUAAAGAUACUUGCUUUUUACACCUGUAAAAACACCUCGCAAAGUGGUCAGCGAGGAGAUCUGUCAUCAGGCUCUGAAUGCAGCACUACUGUCUGCUCCAUCACAACAUCAGGCGUGGCAGUGACGUUCCUACCUGCAGCUUCCACCCCUGCCUCUCAGACUGACAGGAAUGACACGUGUCAGUGCUCUAACUCUAUAUGAUCGGCACUAGGCAAUCAUCGCCUCAGCAGUGAGACAGGGGCUGCAGUCCCAUGACUAUUUCUGUGUGAUGUCAAGAAAAACAAAUGGAAAAUGCCUGUUACUAAUUGCUUAGUAAGAGGAUGCCCAUGGAAAGUAAAAUGGCCAAAGCAAUAUGUUGAAACACACCAAGAAGCGAUGAGUGUCAUUUCAGUGCCCCAAAUCACACGGUGCCACAGCCAUUUGUGCCAACAUGGGCAUAAUGCAUUCCUGUGUCAAAUUUAUACAUGCUUUAAACAGAAAUAAAUGAUUAUUCAAAGAAAAGGAAGGGACAGCUGCAACUUGUUCUGACCUAGAACGCUACAGCCAAGACCUAGAACUGAAGGAACUGAAGGCCAUCUUCAGCACAGCUUAGAAAAAGUAACAGAUAAUGAGAAGUGCAAAGACAAACACAUGCAAGACUCUGACAAGCCCUUCAACCUGCACUACAGCUACAUGCAACUUACUGUGUACACAGCGCAAACCAGAGGGGCAGAAAUUACAGACAGCAAGGUGAGCAGCAGCGUGCAAGUGAAAUGGUGCUUCCUUAUUUGCUGGUUGAAAUUAGAAGCAAGAGAUCACAUUGGGGUCUCUUAGGAAUCCUCUCCUGAAGCAAGAAGAGCUAGGUAGGAGAGCAUUUUGGAAAUGAUUUGGCACUUUGUGGUUUUUAUACAGCAGCUCAUUGUACCACACACAAGUCCAGUUACAAGUCUGUUGUCUUAAGGAGACCAUGGAUGUUUGGCUGUCAGCCCUUGGCAACUUAUAAAAAAUAAGUAUGAUAAAACAGAAGGUAAGAAGACAUUUGAUAUGGUCACAUUUAUCUCCAAUUUCUUCUUGUCUGACUGCUAUUCGCUUCCCCUGAAGGGCUGUUUGCACCAAUAAAAGAGAGUGUUUUGUUCUGGGAUUUGUUUCUGAACAUGUCCUUUUCUGGAGAAUGCAAUUCUCUGUAACUCAGAAGCAAGAGGUGACACACAUAAACCUUCCGGCCAUCUUCUGUAAAAUAGCUUUGUGCUUCAAUGGGCUUUAGUUUGGACGUUUCCCCUUUCAUUUUCCAUUAUCAACUGCAAGGCCACAUUCUGGUCUAGUUUCAAGACACAUGAUAUGAAUGUGUGUUACUGUUGAGUGAAGACUAAAAAACUGCUUGCAGAUAUUAAACAAGUGAGGGCUUUUUUUUUUUUUUUUUUUCUUUCCCCAUACUUAACAAGUAAUCUGAGGUGAAAUCCAGAAGUCAUGAGCAAAAGUGAUAGAAAUACAAGAGCAAAGUUGAGGAAAGAAGCAGGCAUUGAGUUUCCCAGUUCCCUCCAUACUGAUUGUGCUGGCGGAUUUGCUCACAGCUACGCAAACCUCAUCACCUUAUAUAAGCAGUUAAAACCCAUCAGUUAAAUUAUUAGGAUGCCUUACUUUGACCGAGUUUCAAGCUGCAAUGUUAGCGUAGCACAACAGCUCAGAUAAUAGUUCCCUGCAAGAGCAGCACUGCAGUUUUAACAGCGAUAGCACUGCAGUGCAUGUGUACAUGCGAGAGCUUUAAAAUACCUAGCUUGGUGCAAGCUAUAGCAUAGCUGGAGAAAAAGGGAAUUCAGGACGAGCUGAUUUACCCUUCGUUCUGGGAAGGAUUUGUGGAUUACAUUUCCGUGCUGCAACUGUUGUUCUUGAUUUAGCCUACUUGUAUCUGGUUCAGACGUGCCUAUACCACACUGUACUGUAGUGCAAGUGCACAUCUAAUAAAUCCCUUACAGACCACGUGCCUUGCCUGACUCUGUUUUUGUGUUUGCUGUUAUAGGGAUUCUUAAACUAGCCACUGCACUGGGGGUCUAACGGGGUUAACUCAGGAUCUACUCAAAAGCAAAACAACAGCUGGGUCACUUAAGCACCUAAAAUGAGCAAGAAGUAAAUGACUUAAUGACAGUGUUAACAUUAGGAUGUUCACUCUGCUGCCACUUAAAACCAUCAUUUCCCUCACACAACCCAGUCCUGGGAACUAAUCACAUCCCUUUCAAAGAAGGAAAUAGAGAGUGACUUUGACAGAGCUACGAAAAAAGAUGAAAGCAAGCAAGCA